ACCGUCCUCCGAUACUCUCCGGAUUUCCUCCACCUUGGUCGAUCCCCUUUCUACACCCACGGAAAACAACACAGAAAUGGAGGGCGACUCCAAGGUGCUGGACGACGACGACCUCCUCGCAGAGAUCCUCCUCCGCGUCGGGCUCCCCACGACCCUCCUCCACGCCGCCCUCGUCUGCAAGCGCUGGCUGGGGCACGCGUCCGGCCGGGCCUUCCUCCGCCGUUUCCGCAAGCGCCACCCGCCCCGCCUCCUCGGCUUCUACGUCGAGGGCGACAGGGACGUCCCGGCCGACCCGCCGGCCUUCGUCCCGGCGCUGACCCAGCCCGCUGAGCUCGCCGCCGCCGUCCGCCGCGCAAGCUUCAGCUUCGACAUCUACAGGGGCCUGCUGGCCCAGAUCCACGACUGCCGGAACGGCAGCGUGUUCGUCCAGGUCGGGAGCGAGGGCAGGGCGGUCAUGAGGGUGCACAUCCCGCUAUGCCCCCAGAGAGACGUCGCCUUCAUCCCGCCGCUCCCGCGCCCCGCACUCCGGCCCCAUGGUCUCUGCAGCUUCACGCAGAUCCUCUCCACGGAGGAAAGCGGCGGCCUUUCCUACCACUACCUGUACGUGGAGUCUACAGUGGACAAACCAGAAAUCAGGCUGCACGUAUAUGCAGCUUCUCAUCUGGCUCCACAAGGGGGGCAGCUGGUCGCUGGUGGACACCAUUUGUUUGCGUGAGAUGUGUCCUGAUUUGAGGGUGCUGGGCUGCACGGCUGAGGAUGAGGACAGUGGUCUUGUCAUAAGACGGGUGGGGAACGAUGCUGAGUUUGUGCUCUUGCAGAUGGGCCGGUGCGCGCUCCACCUGGAUACCAGGCGCAGGACACUGCGUAAGGUGUAUGAGCAGACGGAAGAGGAUCAGUGUUUUGGUGACAUCCAUCCGUUUAUGAUGAUCUGGCAUCCCACAUUCCCUGCGCUCCGGGGUGAUCAUGCAAGAGAUGCAAUGUGAAGAAGAAAGAUACCAGGAAGCUCAUGGAUGCUAUCUAUGUCGUGAGUGAUCAGGGCAGCAUCAAGGAAGAGCAGUGGUGGGCUGCAUUUUUUCUAGAUAGAUCACACCCGGGCUCAUACAACAAAAGCACUGUACUUUAUAGUGCAACCAUGAUGCAGACAUACUGGCCUCAUUAACCAAUCCAGAUGACACCAACAAAAAAGCCUGAAAAUUUCCGGCAUAGCAAAUCCCCGCUGGUUCAUCGCUUUGCGGAACUAACCCACAAGUUUUGGCAUGGUGAGAACUUCAAGGGCAAGUUCAUGAGUUCUUUCAAGCAGUUUGAGGGCCAGCGAGAAGAGGUUCCAGAUUGGUGCACAUUCUGAUACAGAGGAAUUUAUGUCAUGGUGAAACUAAUGAUUGUUCUCUGCUUAGUGCAAAUUAAUACGUACAACCUGUGGCAGAUUAUCUGGUUACACUGGAAUCUACUCGUUUUUCACGGGCAGACAGAAGUUGGCAAAGAAAUUCACAGCAAGCAUAUUACUUGAUUUGGUCAUUUUGUUACCUGGACUUGGGCAAAACCUGGAAAUUAUCUGUGCAAAAUCUGGGAACAUUUUCCAUCGACGGUGCAUGUAGAUGGGCUACGUUUCGGUUUGCCAAAACGUUGAAAACUAGAGAAAUUAGCUCAUCAUGCACGCAAUGUGUGAAGCAAUGUUUUGGCUUGCCAAAGUGAUCUGGUAAUAUGAACAACAGUUAUGAACAUGACAUAUGUGUAACAGUUUCAUGAAUCUGGGUCAUGCUUCUUGCCGUUCUUCUGAGGUGGUGCCUUGCAGUGUAACACAUAUUUGUGAUGUGUAAACAGCACACAUCUUUCAAAACUCUAAAAUAAGAUUGAUUUUGACCUAAAUUGCACACUAUUGGCUGGCCCAUCAAUGCUAGAGAUAUAUUGAAACUAAAACAUUUCUGCCAUGCAUCAAUUUCAUUAUCAUAUGAGCUACACAUG